AUCUUCAGCUGCCCUGACCAUAAAUUAGGCCACCACAGGGAUAGAGACUAGUCUUAUACCCUGGGUUGAUUGUCAUGACUACACGGGUUAGUCAUGGAAAAUCCUUACGUUUCCUUUUGUUCGGGAUAGACUCCAGGCUUUCGGCACACCAGGUGAGUGCCGUACAGCUGAGCUCCACCCGUCCCACCCCUCCCACCCCUCCCACCCCGCUUCAGCACCAUGGGAACUAGACAGCACCUGGUUCAGCGUGAGUUAGUACCUCCUUCCUAAUUUUACAGAAUCCAAACACUUAACAGUAACUCCAGAGCCAGGCUUACGUCCUGCAAACCAUCUCCCUUCCCUUCAAAUUCUACUCUGGAGCACACCCUCGAGUCAGAGAGUCCAAGAUUGCAUUCCCAGAUCCUUUUCCUUUAAAAAUACAAGUGUUGAUUUCCCAUAAUCCUCCCUGGAUUCCCCUACCUCCUCCUGUCUUCUCCUCUCUCUUCUCUCUCCCUUUGCCCCUGCUCUCUCUCCCCCCUUGCCUCUUUUCUGUUGUUGUUGUUGUUGUUGUUGUUGUUGUUGUUGUUGUUCUAGCCACUGGAAGUCACUUAUGUAGCCCAGGCUAGACUUCAGUGGAUCCUUCCUCUGCCUCUUCAGUGCUGGGAUUACAAGCAUGAAUCCCAUACCUAGUCCAGCCCCCCAUCUUUAUCACUUCUUGUUAAGUCUCUCCAGCUGUAAAAUGAGGCUUCCUGGCUUCUUAUCUGGAUAAGUGAGAGGAGGUUCUCUGGGCCUCUGUGGACAUUGACCCCUGCCAGGACAGCCAUCCUCAUACACUAUGAGUAACCACCCCAGGUACCAGCCUUGCUCUAGUGGACAGCAGGAGAGAGUACGAGGUCUUCUGGUGCAGCAGCUGCAGUCUCUGGAGUCUGGACCAGGCUGGCUAUGGUCCAGCUGGCUCCAUAGCCCGGGACACUUUUCUUCACAAACUGGUUUUUCCCUCUGGCUGGCAGCCCAAAAAAGAAUAGCGCAAUUCACUCCCAGCCUGAGACUGGGAAGGCUCUAGUCGACUCCUCUAGACUCCCAGGAUUGUACCUCCUGUCUUCCGGGAAGCCUGCUUUCCCUGAAAGCAGGUUGUUUGCCCUACCCAAGCCUGGCUGCUAAGUCUUGCUUGGUCUCAUUGAGAAAGCUUCAGGAAGAUCCGAGCCGGAAGCUGGGUUAGCCAGACUCUCCUUGUACUGCGGCAGAGCUGUCCUGGAAGGAGGCAGGACCUCUUUAAGUCUCUGCACUAGGGUCCAGGAGGAGCCAAGAGACCCAUAGCCCCUGAAGACAAGUGCGUGGCUGUGCUGUUCCGGGAGCUGACAGAAGGCAGAGCUGGCAGUUCCCACCGCGCCGCUCCCGCAGCGGAGCCCAGCGCUGGAGUGCAACUGGUUCCCUGGCAACCUGGGAGGAAUCCAGCCUCAGCUACAGGCUCUUCCUCUCCCCUCCCACCGCCUCCUACUGCGGGCGCCGGGGGCGGAGGCUGCCAGCCCACUAUAAAAAGCAACCAGGCUAUCGGCGAGCGACUACUCCGAGCUGCGACACUGCUCAGUCUCCUGGCCCGCCGAAUUCCUGCACUCCAGCCAUCCAGCCAUGGCUCCCUCACAGCUCGCGUGGCUGCUGCGCCUGGCCGCGUUCUUUCAUCUGUGUACUCUGCUGGCGGGUCAGCACCUCGGCAUGACGAAAUGCAACAUCACGUGCCACAAGAUGACCUCGCCAAUCCCGGUGACCUUGCUCAUCCACUAUCAACUGAACCAGGAGUCCUGCGGCAAGCGCGCCAUCAUCCUGGAGACGAGACAGCACAGACACUUCUGUGCUGACCCAAAGGAGAAAUGGGUCCAAGACGCCAUGAAGCACCUGGACCACCAGACCGCUGCCCUGACUAGAAAUGGUGGCAAGUUUGAGAAGCGUGUGGACAAUGUGACACCUAGGAUCACCUCGACCACCAGGGGACUGUCCCCAACUGCCCUGGCAAAGCCUGAGUCAGCCACAGUGGAAGACCUUACUUUGGAACCGACUGCUAUUUCCCAGGAGGCCCGAAGGCCCAUGGGGACUUCCCAAGAGCCACCAGCAGCAGUGACUGGAUCGUUUCCCUCAACUUCCAAAGCUCAGGAUGCAGGGCUUGCCGCCAAGCCUCAGAGCACUGGAAUUUCUGAGGUGGCUGCUGUCUCUACCACCAUUUGGCCGAGUUCUGCUGUCUACCAAUCUGGAUCUAGCCUCUGGGCCGAGGAAAAAGCUACUGAAUCCCCCCCCACUAUAGCCCUGUCUACUCAAGUGUCCACCACUUCAAGCCCCAAGCAGAAUGUUGGGUCUGAAGGCCAGCCCCCAUGGGUCCAGGAGCAGGACUCCACUCCAGAGAAAUCUCCAGGGCCUGAGGAGACAAACCCAGUUCAUACUGAUAUUUUCCAAGACAGAGGACCUGGCAGCACAGUCCAUCCCUCAGUGGCUCCCACCUCCUCUGAAAAGACCCCCAGCCCAGAGCUGGUGGCCUCGGGCAGCCAGGCUCCUAAGGUAGAGGAACCCAUUCAUGCCACUGCAGAUCCCCAGAAACUGAGUGUGUUUAUCACUCCUGUCCCUGACUCCCAGGCAGCCACCCGGAGGCAGGCAGUGGGGUUACUGGCCUUUCUUGGUCUACUCUUCUGUCUGGGGGUGGCCAUGUUUGCCUACCAGAGCCUCCAGGGCUGUCCCCGCAAAAUGGCAGGGGAGAUGGUGGAAGGCCUCCGCUACGUCCCCCGUAGCUGUGGCAGUAACUCGUACGUCCUGGUGCCGGUGUGAGCUGCCUGCUUGCCUGCCCGUGUCCAGAGUGUGAUUCAGACAGCUGUCUGGGGACCCCCAUCCUCAUACCCACCUUCAUCCACGCUGGGAGAAUGGGAAUGCAGAAGCUGGAUCCUCCAGGGGCCAUGUGCUCCAACCCCCGAGGAGUGGCCCUGGAGGCCACCCUAGACCAUUAUUCACUUAUCAGAGACAGACAGAGCAGGUGGCCUUCCAGCUCCCCCAUAUUUGAAAGAAUCCUCUGCUGCUGGCUGGUUAGAGGGGCCCUUGACAUCCCAAACUCUAUGAGCAAUUAUUUAUUGGAUUCCCAGCCCCUGAGACACCCGUUUCCCGUGCGCACCGUGGUCCACCCAUCUUACAAGCAGCAGGCCAGGCCUCUCUGCCUGUCCCCUGACCUCCUCGUGUCUCCUGGCUUUGCUGCAGUCGCCAGCCCUGUCUCCUCCCCGGCCAGCUGCGGUGCUAUCUAUCCCGGUCUCUCUCUCCCGUGUACAGAGCCAUCACCACCAUCACCACCAACAACUCGUUCUGUCUUUGCUUGCAUGAGGUUAAUGCUGUGUUUUCUGGAGCUCUCUGGGACGGGAGAUGAGCUUCUGUGAGGGUUUAAAGUGUUCCUCCCCAGACUUUGAUGUGCCGUGAAGGCAUGCUGCCUCUGAAGGAAGGCUCUGGUCCCCACUCCGCUGCCAGCACAACAAAGUGCCCCACCUGUAAAGGAAAAGAGACUCGGCCCAGAGCUGGCAAAAACCCAUGGCCCUGACAUCAUCACUUUCUCUGAGAUCUUUGUCCCCAUCCCUGGAUGCCACCCCCCCCCCAGCCCUUAUCAACAUGAAUAGUCACUGCCAUUCCACUGGACUGACACUUUUGUAUGCUGUGAUUCUGAGGGCUGGCAAGGGAUGACUUGAGAGUGCAGAUCCUACCCCAUGGGCCCCCAAAUGGAGGCUGAGCUGGGGACCUGCAGGAAGAGAGGCCAACUCAGAAGGCUCCACUGUGUUCUCACUGGCACCCCUCCCCUGUGCACCAAGGUGACAGUCACAGGUCUGCCCUGCCUGAAGAACAAGCCACAGAAGGAAGAUUAUGACAAGUCCCUGGGAGGCCAAGGAUCCAGGGCAAACCCCUGGAGUGGCCACACACCCAAUUUCAGCUUAGGGACUUGUGCAUGUGUGUACUUGCACAGCCCAGAUCAUUCAGAAGCUGCCAGGGUCCUUUCCUACAUCUGAGAGCGCAGUUCCUGCCAAGGUCUCACCUUCGCCUCACUUCAGGCAGGGCCAGAACUCCCAUAACAUUCUCCAAGAGCCCUGUGACGUGUUCUGGAAGGGACUCUGCCCUGGGCACAAAGUGUCUACUGAAGCAGAGAGCAGCGCCCCAGCGCCCCAGCGCCCCAGCGCCCCAGCGGGAGCUGUACCGGCAGACCACGCCCCUGGGGGGAGGGCCCUCCGUUGCAGCUUUCCCCACCCUGCUCUGAAUAGCUCCAACCGUCACCUUUGGAGCCUCCCAGGGGCGGGCUUCACCCAGCCAGUGACUCACUCCUUGAUAGGUGGAAGCUCAGAACAGGUGGCUCUGUCCCAGAGUGAGGAAGCCAGCCCCUUGGCGACCCUUCUCUUGGGAAGCUUGUGGGAGGCUCUGGUCUGGCUCCAGAGUACUAGUUGUAGGCCUGAGGAGCAGCAGCCCGAGUGCACUAUAUCCUGGUUCCUUCGGUGGGGAGCCUUCAAGGGUUGGGACACCCAUGGUUGGACUUUGUUGGUUCCCGCGCCUCGUGGGCCAAAACAAUCUGAGGAGGACUUUGGAAGGAGUUGGUUUUUCAAGCAUCAUUACCAAUGUCUGUGCCAUUUUGUAUUUUACUAAUAAAAUUUUAAAGUCUUGUGGAUCAAA